AGGAAAGUAUUACGCUAUCGAGUUGCUGGGCAGAGAACACAAAAUCAACAUCCACGGAGAGUACGUGCGAACUUGAACUACGCGAUAGAGCAGGUGCAAAGACGCAGUUCAUACGCUGUAAAACUUCAUUUUCAACAAUGGCAACGGAUUGUGAGGCAUGGCUCAAUGCAAACCCUGUUGAGGCUGCCGAUACAAAUGACUCCUUCCCCUCCGGAGACGAGGAGAGCACCUUUACUAGAAACGUUGACAAUGAGGUCAAUGGAAACUGGAUAGCGGCCUCCACAGGCACCAUUCACGAGGCAAGACUCAAAGCCAAGGUGAAGAGACGUCUGAGGAAGAACUCCUCCCGGGAUUCGGGCCGGGGCGACUCGCUCAGCGAUAAUGGGGAAGUGGUCCGGUCUGCGGUUCCACCCACCAGUCCUAAGGGCAGGCUGCUUAACAGGAGGUCAAGGAUGAGGAAGGGACGAGGACUGCCAAAGAAAGGUGGAGCGGGCGGUAAAGGUGUGUGGGGUACGCCUGGUGAGGUUUAUGACGAAGACGAGGUCGAUUUCAAAGAUCCCAAUUACGAUGCGGAACAGGAAAAUUGCGUGUAUGAGACUGUCGUCCUACCGCUGGACGAAGAGACCUUCGAGAAGACGGUCACUCCUAUCGUUCAAGAGUACUUUGAGCAUGGUGAUGCCAAUGAAGUGGCGGAAUUGCUUGCCGAGAUAAACCUGGGCGGUAUGCGCGGUGAUGUGCCUAUGCUAGCUGUGUCGCUAGCACUUGAGGCGAAAGCCAGCCACAGAGAGCUGACAUCACAACUGCUCAGUGAACUCUGUGGUCGUGUACUCGCGACCACUGACGUGGAGGCCUCCUUCCACAAACUGCUCAAAGAGCUACCUGACCUGGUGCUGGACACACCAGGUGCUCCACAGAUGCUUGGCCAGUUUAUUGCUCGAGCAGUUGCGGACAACAUCCUGCCCAAAAGUUUCAUAGAUGGCUACAAAGGACGAGUGGAUUGUGAAUACGCCAGAGCUGCUCUGGAUCGGGCAGCUGUGCUGCUGAGAAUGAGCCGAUGGACCGGCCUUCGCAUCGACAACCUCUGGGGCUCGGGCGGUGGCCAGAGGCCUGUCAGUCAACUCAUCAAAGAGGUUAAUCUCUUGCUAAAGGAGUACCUGUUGUCAGGUGACACAUUGGAGGCCGAACGGUGCCUGAGAGAACUGGAAGUCCCACAUUUCCAUCAUGAGUUUGUUUAUGAGGCAAUUAUCAUGGUGCUGGAAUCUAAAGGCGAAAGAACGCUUCAAAUGAUUCUGCAGUUGCUGAAGUCUCUCUGCGCCUCAACGAUCAUCACCGUGGAUCAGUUGAGACGGGGAUUCGAGAGGGUCUACCUCGAUAUGGCAGAUAUCAGUAUUGAUGUACCGUGUGCUUCUGCGCUCCUGGAGAAGUUUGUGGAACAGAGCUUUAACGCCAGAGUCAUCAACAAAAAACUCAGAGACCUCUGUCCUUGUCGGGGCCGAAAGAGGUUCAUCAGCGAAGGAGAUGGCGGGCGCCUUAAACUGGAAAGCUACUGAGUUUAGGACUCCCACAAGCCAUUUUCAUGGCAGCUGCUCCAGUUUUAACUUUAACUGGCGCUUUAUAUUUCUUUAAGUUGCUUGUAUUUGUCUUGAAUGUUUGAAGUACUUAACUUUCCUCCUGUCAGAACACAAUUGGACCAAAGUGCCAGGCACUUAAAUCUGAAGAUGUAAUCAUCCAAUCCUUCUGAUAUGACUUGUAUAAGCUAAUCCUGAAAGUGCCACACUUAUAAUGACUUAAGUCAUGCCAUGUUUUGUAUUCUUGAGUUCACUGCCACUCCUGUUCUCCAGUUAGCAGUGUUUGUAGAGACUUGUGUACAGAGCUUUAUAAAUGGAAGAGAGAGGACAUGUUCCAAGUUCAAAGCUCUUUCUCCCUCCUGGGCUGCUUUUUUUUUUUAUAUAUACUUUGAGUUUAUUUUCCCUUUUAUUUUUCUCCUUGACCUUUCAAGGAUGUCAUUUCGGUGGGUCACUGACGAAAGGGCGAAACUGAGCAAUGUAAAGCAGCAGGGAUAAUUUCACAGAACAGUGUCAAGAACAUUUAUUUUUAUAUUUCAGUAGAGUGAUGGGUGUGAAAUGUACCUAACUUGCUCUGUUUAAAAUGGUUGACAAAUAAAUAAAAAUUAUCAUG